AUGUUUAUGGAUAGAGAAACUUCCGACGUGGACUUAUGGAGUCUGGCUCAAAAAGAAGACGAAUCACUCCGCGACUUCAUGAGAAGGUUCAAACUGGUAAUGGCCAGGGUAACGGGUAUCAGCGACAAAGUCGCAAUCGACGCCCUAAGUACAAUCCAGGAUACCCUCCACAAGGCGAAGGACUUCAUCAUCAUGGAGGAAGAGAUGAAAGUCCUAUCUCAAAAGCAUGGGGAAGACGUCCAAGGCGAGCAUAACUACACCGUCAACUCGGAACAGGAUAAAACCUCCGGGAACACUUGGACUAGGAACCCGUACAAGGAUAAUUCCUACUGCGAGUUCCAUCAGACCAGAGGUCACUCCACCACAAAUUGCAAGGUCCUCGGCGCUAGGCUCGCUGCAAAUCUCCUCGCCGGUGAACUAUCAAAAGUCACGAGCAUAAAAGAUCUGGUCUUGGAUUCCGAUCGCCCGCCGAAAAUUGAUAAGGCCUCUCCCGAGAACCAUGCGCCUGAAAACCAGUCAGGGGAGAAGCGCAGAAGGAGACAGGACGAUCAAGGGAACAACAACAAUCGCCAGAGAAUAAACAUGAUCAUCGGAGGAUCGCAGUUCUAUCAAGACUCGGUCUCAUCGAUCAAAGCUUAUGGGCGAAAAGCCGAAAUAAGUUCCAACUGGCUUCCGGAAAACGACGUUCCCAAUGACACGAUAGUUUUCGAGGAACAAGAAACCGUCGGUAUUGACAAGCCUCAUUGCGACCCUCUAGUCAUCGAUUUAGUGAUCCAGGAUCUUGAAGUCGGCCGUAUCCUUGUCGAUACAAGAAGCACGGUCAAUAUUAUGUUCCGCGACACCCUCCAAAGGAUGAACAUCCCACUUCGAGAAGUCAUCCCAGAAUCGAGACCUCUGACCGGAUUCUCGGGCGUCACCUCUAUAAACCUCAGGACGAUCAAGCUCCCGGUCAUGGUUAAGGAAGUUACGAAGAUCGUCGACUUCGCAGUAGUCGACAACCCGGCCAUCUAUGACGUGAUUAUGGGAACCCCCUUGAUCAACGCCAUGAAAACAGUACCAUCCACGUAUCACCUUGGCAUCAAAUUCCCGACUCCAACGGGAACCGCAGUAAUCUGGGGUAGCCAAAAAUAG